CGGAGUCACACAGGAGCCUGCAGCAGGCCACAGCCCAAAUGGAUUAGGGCAUUCGCUGUUUUUGGCGGCUGACUCCGCAGUAACGGUCGGAACCAACCAACCAAACGAACCCCAGUACAGAGUAUGAAUAUUCCCGCGAAAUUUGCGGAGAGAUCGCUUCUUCUUACGUUUCGCUCUCCUCUCAGAGUUUUAGGUGUGGCCAAGUUUGGAUUUGUGCAAAUUUUGAAGCAGAACAGGAGAUUUAGAGUCAGUUUUCCCAAGAAAAUGGAGGCUGUUAUGGGAAGUGAAUUGGGGGUCGUUCGCCCUGCAACAGAUGCUCACGCGGAAGAAGCAAUUGAAGCUAUCAAGGCAGGGAAGGUCAUUGCCGUGCCCACUGAUACCCUCUAUGGAUUCGCUUGUGAUGCUUGUUCUUCAGAAGCAGUCAAUAGGAUAUAUGAGAUCAAAGGCCGCAAACAUACAAGCCCUCUUGCAAUUUGUGUUGGGGAUGUAUCGGACAUACAGCGCUUUGCUGUCACAGACCAUUUGCCUGACGGCUUGCUUGGUUCUCUCCUGCCAGGACCUGUAACUGUUGUGCUACGGCGAGGGGAGUUAAGCAUAAUUGAGAAGUCUCUGAACCCAGGCUUGGAUAGUAUAGGAGUCAGAGUGCCUGACUGUGACUUUAUCAGAGUCAUUGCCCGUGGUUCAGAAACUGCACUGGCCCUCACAAGCGCAAACUUGAGUGGGCAGCCUAGUAGUGUCUGCAUCAAAGAUUUUGAGAACCUGUGGGAACACUGUGCAUAUGUCUAUGAUGGUGGUGUGCUUCCCUCAGGCCGUGCAGGAUCAACAGUGGUGGACCUCUCCAGGUUAGGGAAGUACAAGAUCCUUAGACCGGGGAGUGCCAUGGAAGAGACUGUUGCAAUCCUGGAGCGGCACUCUCUAAUGCCUGAGGCAGCAGCUGCUUAAAAAGGUGAUUCAAAACCAUAUGUUGCCGUCCCUCAACAUUUUAAACAGAUUUUUUCACAUGGGUGGGAAUGAAUUCUGGUUGGGCAUGGGAGAAUCAGUUGCCAUUCCUCUUAACUCUUUUUAAGUAUUCUCUUCAGAUGUACUUUUUGAAUAACUUUUCCCACAAGAUAUAAUUCUGUAAUUGGACAAGUAAUUCAAAAAUGAUAUCUCUUAGACUGACAUGAUUUGCAUU